AAAUAAGAUUGUUUCUAUUAUUUAGAAUUAUUUCUAUAUAUUGAAUAUUGAAUUAAUAUUUAUAUAUUUCUAAAUUUCAAAAUGGAAUUGAUUGAAUUUGAUAAUCAAAAAAAUCUUCUAUUAAGAUUUUGAAUUCGAAUUCAAAAUCUUAAUAGAAGAUUUUUUUAAGUUUAAGAAUAAGAAUAUUUCGAAUCUCAAUUUUUCUAAAAAAUAAAUAGAAUAGAAAUAGAAUCUAAAUUCUAUUCCAAUUUUUUUUAUACUUCUUUACUUUAGAAAUUUGCCAUUCAUAUAGAAGGAAAAAAUAUGAAUUAUUAUGUAUCGAUUGAAUCAAUGACUAUUCAUGAUUUCAGAAUUGAAUCAAUUACAUGCCGGCUCCAAACUAGAGGAAUGUUAUGGUAAAACUUCGUUUGAAACGAUGUGGUAAAAAGCAACGGGCCGUUUAUCGAAUCGUUGCAAUUGAUGUUCGAUCCCGAAGAGAGGGGAGAGAUCUUCGGAGAGUGGGUUUUUAUGAUCCCAUAAAGAAUCAAACCUAUUUAAAUAUUCCUGUUAUUCUAUAUUUCCUUGAAAAAGGCGCUCAACCUACAGGAACUGUUCAGGAUAUUUCAAAAAAGGCGGGUGUUUUUAUGGAACUUAAUCCUAAUCAACAAACGAAAUUCAAUUUCAAUUAAAAAAAUCAAUAAAUAAAAUAAAAAAAGAGGGUGUGGAUGACUUUUAUAUAGAUUUAUAUAAUCCUUUUCUCUCUUAUCCCCCCCCGCUCUCUUGUUCUAUUCAUACCUAAUUUUUCCUAAUUUUUGAUUUCUUAUUGCUGUUGCUGCCAUAGAAUGCUGUUUUUUUAUAACUACAAAAAUCCAUUUUUAUUGAUUUUUUAUUGAUAAUAGAAAAAUGGGCAAAUGAAUAAAUUAAGUAAUAAAUUAAGUAAUAAAUGAAGUAAUUGGUUCUAUAAAUACAUUAUCCUCAAUGAGCUGGUUUUUGUUAGAAUUCUCUGAAGAAAUUGAAAAAGAAAGGGGGUUAGGUUAAGCUUUCUCAUUCUAUUUAUAUUAUAUUGAUUGAAUUAUUCUAUUUUUUAAUUCUUAUUAAUUGCGAUCUCUACCUUUUUCUUUCAUUUUUGCAUACGCCUUUUUUGUAU